AUGGAGAAACUAAUUUAAGUUUCCAAAUAUUUAUGGGUCGGCCAACCGAUAGAUACGGUUUCAUUAGACCACCGGUUGUUAGUAAUGACAAUCAGUUGUAUGUAAAACCACAGGACAACUGGUUUGACCAGAGAUUGGAUCACUUCAAUAAAUCCAACGACAGAACUUUUAAACAGCUCUAUUAUGUAUAUAACGAUACUCAUUACAAACCGGGUGGACCAGUAUUUCUAUUUCUAUCUGGUGAAUUUGCAAUGGACGAGCCUUAUACUAAUCCCAAUACUUAUUGGUUAGAAAUGGCCAAAAAGUACAACGCAUUGCCCAUUAUGUUAGAGCACCGGUAUUACGGCCGGUCAGUGCCCACACAAGACCUGUCGACUGAAAAUUUAAAAUAUUUAACCCUUGAAUUGGCGCUCAAAGACGCGGAACAAUUCAUUUUGGGAAUGACUAAAAAGUUGUCCAUUGAAGGCAGCAAAUGGGUUGUGUGGGGUCUGUCCUAUUCCGGCAAACUUGCCGUUUGGUUUCGGGAGAAGUACCCCAACAUAACUGUCGGUGCCAUAGCCUCGAGCGCACCCGUCGGGUCUAAUAUGAAUUGCACGGGUUAUUUGCGAGUCGUAAGCGAGGCGUUGGGAAUUGUGUGUUCAGAUAAUAUUAGGAAAGCCAACUACGAGAUGGAAGACCUCCUGAAAACACCGGAAGGUGUCGUAAAAUUGCGCAAAAUAUUGAAUUUGUGCGAUUCGUUUGACGGCAAAAAUAUGGAUGAUAUCCGGUAUUUGUCACUACUGUUAGCCAUGAAUGUCGGCGGAUCUGUUCAAAGCAAUGCUGGUAUCGAUCACAUCAUUAAGACAAUGAACGACCCCUCAGGCGGUACACCACUGGAAAGACAAUGGACGUAUCAGACGUGCACUUCUUUUGCCGACUUUGUGACCAGUGAUCUGCCGAACAGUCCUUUUGGACACAAUCUUCCCGUCGAGUUCUAUACCAAACAAUGCACUCAAAUAUUCGGUCCACAAAUCACAGCCCAAACUAUACAGAAAGCGGUCGACCGGACAGUCGCCACAUAUGGGGGCAAACGGCCGAACGUAACAAAUGUUGUGCUCACAAACGGCUCACUCGACCCCUGGAAGGCCAGCGGUAUUCUCGAAGACCUAAACAAUAGCACUAAAGCGGCGGUCAUUGAGGGCAGCGCUCAUUGCGCCGAUUUCUUUGGCUCAAACCCAACGGAUACCCAGAGUAUGAAAAACGCCCGCAAAUUAAUUGAACAACAAAUCGGCGAAUAUUUGAAAUAA